CACAAUCCUAAAUAGUGUGUCGAGUGUUAGUGCGCCAUACGUUUUUUAUAGACGCAUAUGAUUAUCACACGGAAAUGAAACAAACAACUGCGAUAAUGAAAUAUUCGAGGAUGUGGCCAAAGAUCCCGCAAACAAACAGUAAAAGCCAUCAAGCAAAUAAUCCAAACACCAAAUACCGGGUAGAAUGUGAGCGGCUACCAGGCUAAUGGAAACGUUGACCAUAAUCAGAAAAUGUCGAACAUCCAUCGGAGUUUUAAUGACAAACAAUUUGGUGGCAUUCGAUGGUGUUUAGACGUAGGGCUCAUUUUACUUUUUAAUAAACGUUUUCCAACUCUCUACACGACGUUUUCGGUGAUUGUGGGCAGUUCAGCAUUGGUUCAAGAUGGUCAAUUUUUGUGGGUGCUUCCCAAAAACCGGACGUCAGCGACGGCGGACAGUGCCCGUGAGUGACCCUGCAAAUGUGGUCCUAAAACAGAAGGCCCAAGCCGCUUUGGAGGAGCCGCAGUCGCCUAGUGUCGGUAUCAAUUGGCAAGGGGAAAAUCCUUUGGAUAUCGAGCGAGAGUUUCCAACGACGCUGGAUACCCAGCGCUGGUUGGAUGAGUUUCGGCAGCAGUCAAACCUCGCCUUUUUGCAACAUAUCGAGGGACCGUCGUCGUAUACCGCAGAACCAGCAGCGGUGCCAAAUCAUGCUCUCGUAUUGGACCAUGUAUAUGGAUAUUCCACCGCUACACAACGCUCCAACUACUUAUACCUGUACCCACCGACAACCCAAUCACAACCUGUAACCAUCUACCCUGCUGGCAAUACCAUUGUGAUAACCCAAAUGCCGCAGCAAGUGGAGUCACCAAUACGUACCGUCUUUGCUCAGCAUGUCAAUGCAAUCACAUCCCUUUGCGUGCAUCCAGAUGGUGGGAUAGCUGCUUCCGCGGAACUGGGGCCCAAGCCCGUCAUUACGGUGUGGACAUUGCGGAACUCUGUGUCGGCAGCAACGACUAAUAGUGCAAGCAUUCCUCGACGGCCAAAAUCACCUGGAUCUAAGCUGUCAUUGCUGGGUGUGCAACUGGACGAUGACACGGAUGUGGUCAAGUUGGCGGUUAUUACGCUGCCAAGUGACAUUGUGCAUGUACCCUCAUUGGCAUUUUCAAAGGAUGGAGUUUAUUUACUGAUUGCCGGAAAUCGGGAGGAUGAUGCAGAGGUUACAGCCUUUGACUGGCGAAAAGUGGACACUUCCAAUUCAGAAUUUUCUACACCCGUCGCUCGCGCCAUAUGUCCCAGCAGAUUGUUUUCAAUCAUCCCCCAUCCCUGGAGUCGCCGCGAUUUUAUCACCACCGGCGUGAAUCACCUUGGAUUCUGGACCAUAGACGUCUCCAUGCUCUCCGGAGCCGCAUCCUUGUCCCAUAAGGAAGGUUUGGUAAACGAGCCAGGAUUAUUGGAAGGGAGCCGCAAAGCAGUACCGCAAUUAUGUUCUCGUCCCACGUUUCUGUGUGCCACCUUCACCAAGCAUCGGAUUUUGGUCACUGGGGGAUUGAACGGGGAUAUCGUGUUUUGGAGGAUGGGGAAGGUGGAUGUGACAUGCAGGCGCAUACAUAAGGGCCCUGUCCUCUCCCUUACGGCCCUUCCACUUCCUGCACAAUCCUUCCUCUCGGGUGGUGGAGACUCCCGCAUCAUCUUGUGGAAUGAUUCCCUCCAACCUGUCUCCGAGAUCUCCUUUGCUGAACAAUCUUCCAUCCGAUCCUUGGACGGCGGGGGAUGCGGCGGAUUAUGGUUCGGAUGGGGCCAGGCCUUGCGAAGACGGGCGAGUCGGGCACUUGGGAGGGGAUCUGCAUUACGGCCAGAAGGCAUUCCGUAUCGGUACGGGAGUGGGACGGUGAAUGACGGCGCUGGGUAUGUGACCAAGGCCUUGGUUGGGUGUGGCGACGGUAGCCUGUGGGAAGCUGGUUUUAGAAGUGACGGGAGCGCGGUUAGAACGUUGCUGCAAGAGUCUCAUUCCACCGCAAACAAUUCACAACUUUGGGGACUUGCAACACAUCCGACUGAUGCUGCUCUACUUUUAACCGCGUCAGACGACGGAUUUCUCCGAUUAUGGAAUGUGGAAAGCCAUGUCCUGGUUGUUAAGCGUUCUCUCAACACCAAACUACGAAGCUGUGCGUGGGCACCGAAUGGAAGUCAAAUCGCCGUAGGAACGGAUGACGGUGUUGUACAUAUUCUCACUGCGGACAUUCACGGAACCACCAACGUCAUUCGGCAGCGUCGCGAUACAAUUCACGACCUAAAAUACUCUCCCGAUGGAAACUAUUUGGCUGUGUCAUGCCACGAAGGCAUUAUUGAUAUUUAUGCGGUAGCCGGAGCCGAUGUGGGAUAUCAGAGGAUAAUGUGCUGUAGGGGGCAUUCGAGCUUUGUCACCGGAGUAGAUUGGUCAACAGAUUCCGUCCGUCUUCAGUCCAACAGCGGAAAUAGCGAAGUCAUGUUCUGGACGAUGACAUCCAAAACCCCACCACUUCCAAUCCCGUUCUGCGACGUUGAGUGGGCAACUACGACCUGUCCCCUAACAUGGGGCACAAAAGGUGUCUACAGCCACGGCGAUAGAGCGAUACAAGAGAAGGUUGGAACUCUGGACCCGAUCAAACAGAAAAUCUGGUUAUCCCGGGUUUUGGGGUCGAGUGAACUGAGGAAUGCAUUGUAUGAAACACAUGGAUGCAUACUUGGGUUGCGAGAGGUGAUAUGCAGCACGCGGGGAGUGCCAGCAGAUCAAACCUCGGCCAAGCCAGUGCUUUUGGUAGGAACGUCAAGAGGGGACCUUCACCUGUUACAGUAUCCUGCGCACCAGACUGAGGCUCCAGCAUACACAUGGACUUCACACGCGGGACCAGUUGGAAGAGUAGCACUUUCAUGCGACGGAAGAUGGGCCUUUUCCAUUGGGGCGCGAGAUGGGUGCUUAAUGCAGCACAAGAUCGUCAGCAAUACAUCUAUUACAAGGCAUGGGAUAUCAGCGGACAUGUGGAAAAAGUCUGUCAUGAAUUUAUAAAUAAUUAGCUCUUUAUAUGGUGGACAAUGUACAUACAAAACAAUUAUAUGGCCGAUGAAAACG